UCCAGCGCAUGCGCAUCGCUUCGUUUCUAUGACGCAUUUACGCGCGUUUCUCAAAACAAACACAGAAUAAUGCCCCGAUAGAGGAAACGCUUCAGACUGUUAAUGUAUCAAAACAAAUUAACAACUUUUUUUUAGGACUACACAAGGAAGAAUUCAAGUGGCUUCAGUCCCCUGAGCUCUUUACUGUUCCCUGCUGAUCACACCACAGAGCAUGAAUGAGUGUUUUGAGGCAAGGACGACCAAAAUGGCAGGACAGGCUGAAGUCUGUGGAGCAGAGAGCCUCAUCUUUUCAGUCUUCUCCUCUGAGCUGUCCAUACAAGCCCCGUCUGUCCCAGCCAUGGCAGCCCUCCUCCGUCUGGAGACUCUUCCCACGGCAGAACGCAGCCAUCGCCUUCACUCAGCACAUGAAACAGGACGUGCAUUUAUUCUCACUGGAGAAGGAAGGCAGUGAUGCUGGACAGAGGAUUUUCCUAGUGACCAGUUACAGUGAACUUUGGCAUUAUUACAGCACUCACAGACAGUCUCUGAUGCACUGCUAUGAGGUCAUUCUGGAAGGAGCCGUCUGCAAACUUUACUUUGACUUAGAGUUCGACAAAGCCUUCAACACACACCUGGACGGCAAGAUGAUGGUGUCAAAACUAAUCCAGUAUGUGUGUGAGAAGCUAGAGGAGGUUUAUGGUCUACGAUGCUCUGCAAAAGAUGUCCUUAAUCUAGACUCCAGCACCUCUGAGAAGUUUAGUCGCCAUCUUAUCUUCAUGCUUCCCAGUGUUGCAUUCAAAGACAACUCUCAUGUAGGGCGAUUUAUUCACGGUAUCCUGCAUCCUGCUCUAAAAAGCCUUCAAAAAUGCAAACCAGAGGCAGCUUCAACAGAAGUUUGUCCAAGAGAGAACGGAGAUGAUGUGGAUGGUUCUCAGGCCAAGAGAAUAAAGUAUGAAGAGAAGGAUCUUGACUUUCUUAUAGUGAAGGGUAAAAAUGGACAAGAACAACUUUUUGUUGACCUCGGAGUCUACACCAAGAACAGAAACUUCCGUCUCUACAAGUCCUCCAAACUGGGAAAGAAUGCAGCCUUUUCUGUGGCAGAAGACAACCAGUUCAUCCCAAAGCCCUCGAAGCACACCACAAAAGAAGAAUGCAUCUUUUUAGCUUCCUUAAUCACCAAUAUCAGUUUCACGGGACAGAGAAUUUUGACUUCUGAGAUGCCACAGAAGAGUACAGCAGGAUCUCAGUGUUCAACCCUUCCGAUAGAGUCACACAGAUCUGAUCUGUUGGGUGAACAGAAGCCGUCUCCUUUUAAAGAAGUGGAUGAAUUUGUGCUGACACUUGUGUGCAAGGAUGGCAUUCAAGGAAGCAUCCGGCGAUGGAACUACUUUGCAUCUGAACAGCUGUUGGUUUAUGAUAUUGAGAAAUUCCGCUGGUGCCACAACGUGAAUCGCUUUCACAAGAGCAAUAACAUCAUAAUUGUGGUGGAUCUCAAAGAAGAAGUGUGGUAUCAAAAAUGUCAUGACCCUGAGUGCAGGACACAGAACUACAGAUCCUCCAGCUUCCCUCUGCCUCAAGAGGUCUGCAUGAGUCACCUGCUGAUGGAGGAUGAAGAAGAUCAGGCAUAUUUAACAGAUGAGCUGGGGAACAUUGAGCUUUCACAGAGCUCUGUACCCAGGACUGAUUCACCAGGGUCCUCCUUGGCUCCUCAGGCUGAGGAUUGGGGAGAGUGGUCUGAUGACCCUGCUUAUCUGGAAGCUCUGCAGGAAGUAGAAAGGGCCACUGAAGAGGUACCUGAUGAGCUUCUGCUCCAGGCAGUGACCGAGUGUGAAUGAUAACCCAAAAGUCUUAAACAUGUUCUUAAAUUCUGUUUCCUAGCAAACUGUAUUUUCUAAGUGUUCAAAGGUGACUUAUUUCUAUAAAUUAUUUUUGAUUAUAUGACUUAGGAUAUUACAAGUGUGUUAAAUGUAUUUCGAUUUUAUAUACAUAGAUGGAUUAAUUUAGAAUCGCAAUACUUGUUAUCCUAAGUGAAUUAAAAAUAGAAAUUUUACAAAAGAAUCUGUGCACAGGAAUUGUGUGUGUAUUUGUGUGUGCGUGCGUGUGUGUGUGUGUGUGUGUGUGUGUGUGUGUGUGUGUGUGUGUGUGUAUUAAACAUCUAAUACAUUUUAAAUCAUCCUGUAUACGUUUAAUGCUGAGAAAUAUUGCAUAUGUAUUGCCUUGAUUGUUGAAACCCUUGACCCCUUUCAAGAUCCUCAUAUGGAUUUGAUGUAGUUUGAUACAGUUUAAAGAUUUCAACCUACUAAAAGAGAUCUUAAAUUUUAAAUUUAGCUGUUGCUUUAAAUAAAACAUUUGCAAAUAUAAGUAAAAUAAGUGUUGCCAAAUGUCAUUACCUUUUCAACCACUUUAAUUUAGUUUUCAUUUUGAUACUGAAAAACCAUAAACAGUCAAAAUUACAGAUUAUUGCGACAAGUUAAAUGGAUGGAAAACUGAUUCUGUUACUUUUCCGAUUCAUAGAAUCACAUUAAAACUAUUAAAUAAUAUAUUAUUAUAAUAUCUGUAUGUAUAAUCAAAUGUAGCACAAGAAACACUUGAUUUAAAAGUGUCUUGUCUCCUCCACUAGAGGGAAGCAGCGGUCUAUUACUGAGCAGACAUGCAGCACAGGGCUGAUUAUAUUAUUGUGGCUGUAUAAAUUUAAAUCUGAGAAAAGCUGGAGAGGUGGGUUUCCCCAGCUGAAUCCCAAGAAAGUAUAGUUUUUAAUAUCUCUGCCAAGUUGCUUUGAAACAAUUUGUAUCAUGAAAGUCCAAACAUGCUUUUUAUUUCUGAUAUGCUUCUGUGUGACCGUACAUAUGUCUGAACAUGAAAACUAUUUACAUAUGCAAACAAAUAGAAAUUAAAUCUAAUUAUACCUAUCUAUCUAUCUAUCUAUCUAAUCUAUCUAUGUUUUCCCAUAAAUUCCAUAUUUUUAUUAAUGAGGUACUAUUAUUAACAACAUAACAAUAACAACUUCAUUAAUAACAGACUUUCUCAUCUAACAAAGAAAUAUGGGUUCAUUCUUUUCCUAUUCACCACUGUAUGUAUACAGCAUUGUGAAACUGUCUCAGUGAAGUGACGUGCCUUUUCUACAUUUGAGAGCGCACCUUCACCUUCAGGUUUUGUGUCAUUUUUGUAAUCUCAGGUCAGUGAGAGUGGGUCAUUCUAACACAUGUAUUAAUUGGCAGACAUGUCUGUUGUGCCCUUACUGAAAUGGCCUUUUGAACGGGACACAUCAAAAAAAAAAAUAAUUGAUUAACAUUACAUAUACUUCUGAAAAAAAGAAAAUAGGAUCACCCCUCAAUACCAGUGAAACAAACUUUUAGAUUUAAUAUUUAG